AUGGCCGACUCGUCGUUCGAGCUCGGCCACUCAUUUUCCAGCGGUCCAAGUAACCACCACCACCGCACACGCCGCCGCUACACCACCACACCAGUCACCUCCCGUAGCCACAACAACACCGCUCACUCUUUCUCAAACAGUUUCUCCAUCGCCGGAACUCCUCAUCGAAACCGUCACAAUCCAACUCCGUCAUCUCCUUUUGCAACUGACGAUGAUAUUUCAUGGCAUGGAGAUCUCUCUUGGCAAUUUGAAUCAACCGGAUGGCGUAGAAAUCAGAAUCUCGGUGUAGCUCUUAGUCCGUGGGCUUUUACUGCAGGAACUCCUUACAACAGGACUUUCAAGCAAUCGGCUAAUGAUUACUACCUUUCGCGUACGUUUAAUAAUCCUUAUUAUUACUCUGAUGAUAAUUCACGAUACGAUCCGGUUCCUUCCGGGAGGAUUGAACUUCAGAGCUAUGUUGAUGUUGAAGGACCGUCGCUUAUGCAUAAAUCGAAUAGAUCGCCAACAAUUUUGGGAUUGGAAACUAUUAAUGAGCAAGACAGUGCAGGAAAUAGCGGUCCUCUCGCUGGAAAUAGAGAUUCCAAUUUCAGAAAUCAACUUCCGAGUCGGUUUAGUAGAUUAAAUUCUCAUGCGAGCGAUAACGAUGAUGGAUCUGAAAACAAUUUUGAUGAUCAGUCAGAUGAUGAUGGAUUCCAUGGUAGUUAUCAUCGUGAUAAUCGUCAUCAUCAUACUGUUCUUCGUAGCCAUAAUCUGGAAGACUAUUACAGUGACAACAAUGAUAGAUUUUCAACCAUUAGUCAUCGUAAUUACGAGAAAGGUCAUGAAAUGGAUGGACGAUCUUCUUAUGCUGUAGAACAACAUGAAGAAGAAGAAUACGAUGAAGAGCCUCCUCCGCAGCCAGUUGGUCUUUUCAGCUUGUUCAAGUACUCGAGUAAGUUUGAUAUGAUUCUUGUGAUGUUUGGCUGUUUGGGGGCAUUCAUCAAUGGUGGAUCACUUCCUUGGUAUUCUUUUCUCUUUGGUCGAUUUGUUAACAAGAUAGCUAAAGAAUCAGAUGAUGAUAAAACCACAAUGAUGAAGGAUGUCAGUACGAUAUGCAUACUCAUGGCUGGAUUAUCUGCAAUAGUUAUAAUUGGAGCUUACUUAGAGAUCAGCUGCUGGAGAUUGGUGGGGGAAAGGUCAGCUCAUCGGAUUAGAACAAAAUAUUUGCAGGCCGUGUUGAGGCAAGAUAUUGCAUUCUUCGACAAAGAAAUCAGCACCGGAGACAUCAUGCACGGUAUCUCCAGCGAUGUGGCCCAAAUUCAAGAAGUGAUGGGGGAGAAGAUGGCACACUUCAUCCAUCACAUAUUUACCUUCAUAUGUGGCUAUUUGGUUGGUUUUAUUAGAUCAUGGAAAAUUUCUCUAGCUGUUUUUGCAGUCACACCAUUAACUAUGUUCUGUGGAAUAGCAUAUAAAGCUGUGUAUAUUGGUCUAACAGGAAAAGAAGAGGCUUCUUAUAGGAAAGCCGGAGGCAUUGCAGAACAAACCAUUAGUUCGGUCAGAACCAUAUUCUCAUUUGUAAUGGAAGAUGAAAUGAUCGCUAAGUAUACAGAUUUGUUGGCAAAAGGCGUCCCUUUAGGAGUGAAGAUGGGGUUUUCGAAGGGUGCUGGAAUGGGUGUUAUUUAUUUGGUCACUUACUCAACUUGGGCACUUGCUUUCUGGUAUGGAGCUAUCUUGGUUGCUAAAAAAGAGAUUACUGGAGGUGAUGCUAUUGCUUGUUUUUUUGGUGUAAAUGUUGGUGGAAGGGGAUUGGCAUUGGCUUUGUCAUAUUUCGCUCAGUUUUCUCAAGGAACAGUAGCUGCUGGUAGAGUUUUCGAAAUCAUAGAAAGAGUGCCGGAAAUUGACCCUUAUAGCCCUCAUGGGAAGGAGUUGACGAAUACACGUGGGAGAAUUGAGUUUAAGGGGGUAACUUUUGCAUACCCUUCUCGUCCAACCGCUAUGAUCCUUAACUCUUUGAGUCUAGUUAUUCCUCCGUCUAAGACUCUUGCUCUUGUUGGAGCUAGUGGAGGUGGGAAAUCAACUGUUUUUGCUCUAAUUGAGAGAUUUUAUGAUCCUACAAUAGGAUUGGUGACCUUAGAUGGUCAUGACAUAAAGACAUUACAAGUGAAAUGGCUUAGAACUCAAAUAGGUAUGGUGGGUCAAGAACCAGUCCUAUUUGCUACUACUAUUCUAGAAAAUGUGAUGAUGGGUAAGGAGAAUGCGACGAAGAAGGAAGCAGUAGCAGCUUGUAUUGCCUCCGAUGCUCACACCUUCAUUUCCGACCUUCCUUGGGGAUACGACACACAGGUUGGAGACAGAGGAACGUUACUCUCAGGUGGUCAAAAACAGAGGAUAGCAUUAGCUCGAGCCAUGAUAAAGGACCCAAAAAUCCUUCUCUUAGACGAGCCAACAAGCGCAUUAGAUCCCGAAUCAGAAUCACUCGUUCAACGAGCCAUUGACAAGAUCUCAUCAGGAAGAACCACGCUCGUAAUCGCUCACAGGCUAGCAACUGUCCGAAAUGCCAACUCAAUUGUUGUCCUCAAUCAAGGGUCUGUAGCCGAAAUUGGUAACCAUAAGACACUAAUGGAGAAUACCGGCUUAUACUACAAUCUCGUCAAGUUAGCCACAGAACCCGUAUCUAAACAACCAACAACAUCAAACUCAAACUCAACCCACGUGAUCACUAAAGACAAUAACUUCUCUGUUUAUGAGAAAUCUGUUCAAGAAGAAUCACAGGUGGAAGAAGAUGAAGUGGAGAAGGAGAAAAUUCGAGAAUUUAAGAUGUCUGAAGUAUGGAGUUUGCAGAAACCGGAGCUGGCCAUACUUUUGGUUGGGUUUUCACUUGGAAUGGUGGCUGGUGCUAUUCUAUCAAUCUUCCCUUUAAUCCUAGGUGAAGCUCUGAAAGUUUAUUUCGAUCCAGAUAAAGAGAAGAUGAAAAGAGAAGUAGCCCAAAUGUGUUUAAUACUCGUUGGACUUGGCAUUGGAUGCAUACUCUCCAUGACCGGUCAGCAAGGUUUCUGUGGAUGGGCUGGAACAAACCUCACAAAGAGAGUAAGAUCAUUCCUAUUCAAAUCCAUAUUAAGACAAGAACCAGCCUGGUUCGAUUUCGAAGAGAAUUCAACCGGCAUUCUUAUUUCUCGCCUCUCCACCGACUCCAUCUGUUUCCGUUCCGUUCUCGGCGAUCGAUUUUCAGUUCUCUUAAUGGGUUUGAGUUCAGCUGCAGUAGGACUCGGAAUCUCGUUUAGUCUAGAAUGGAGAUUAACUCUUUUAGCUGCAGCCCUCACUCCAUUCACACUCGGUGCGAGUUAUUUCAGCUUGUUAAUCAACGUCGGACCUAAACUAGACAACUCAUCUUACACAAAAGCUAGCAAUAUUGCUGCCGGCGCAGUUUCGAAUAUAAGAACAGUCGCGACAUUCUCUACUCAAUCACAAAUCGUUAAAAAAUUCGACGAGGCCUUGGCCGAGCCGAAGCAAACGUCGGUCAAACGUUCACAGAUACUCGGGUUCGCGUUGGGAUUAUCUCAAGGCGCGAUGUACGGAUCCUACACGUUAACCUUAUGGUUUGGAGCUUAUCUUGUGAAAAAAAACAAGACAGAUUUUGGAGAUGUUUAUAAGAUCUUUCUUAUACUCGUACUAAGUUCGUUUUCAGUCGGGCAAUUAGCUGGAUUGGCACCCGAUACUUCGUCGGCUGUGAACGCGAUUCCGGCUGUUUUGGAAGUGAUGAAACGUAAGUCGUUGAUUGAGGAUAAUAAAAGAAAGGGAAUGAAGAAUGACGCGAUGUUGGCUAAUAAGGGUGCGUUUGAUAUUGAAUUUAAGAAGGUGACUUUUAGGUAUCCUUCGAGGGCGGAUAUUGUUGUGUUGAGGGAGUUUAGUUUGAAGGUGAAAGGUGGGAAGAAAGUGGGUAUUGUUGGUGGAAGUGGGUCUGGGAAAUCGACUGUUAUUUGGAUGAUACAGAGGUUUUAUGAUCCGAAUGAAGGUAGGGUUUUGAUGGGUGGUGUGGAUUUGAGAGAGUUAAGUGUGAAGUGGGUUAGGAGACAAAUAGCUUUGGUUGGUCAAGAACCAGCUUUAUUUGCUGGGAGUAUAAGAGAAAAUAUUGCAUUUGGUGAUUUAAAUGCUAGUUGGGUUGAAAUUGAAGAAUCUGCUAAAGAAGCUUAUAUUCAUAAGUUCAUUUGUAGCCUUCCACAAGGAUAUGACACUCAAGUUGGUCAGAGUGGAGUGCAAUUGUCGGGUGGGCAAAAACAGAGGAUUGCGAUAGCAAGAGCCAUGUUGAAGAAAUCGAAGAUAUUAUUACUAGACGAAGCUAGUAGUGCGCUAGAUUUGGAAUCGGAAAGACAUAUUCAAACUGCAUUAAGCAAGGCUUCGAGGAAAGCCACAACCAUUGUAGUGGCUCACCGGUUAUCGACCAUUAGAGAUGCGGAUUUGAUUGCCGUGGUUAAGGAAGGUAGGGUCGUGGAGUAUGGAAGCCACCAAGCUCUAUUGGAUUCAAAUGUUAAUGGUGCUUAUGCGACUAUGAUUCGAGCCCAAACGGAGACUGAUGCUUUUGCUUAAGCAGUAGAUUGGUAACUUUGUGCCAUCUUUGAGAUUUCUAUUUUUAUUUAUUUGAAUUGUAAUUCUAACUCCAAUCCUUUUACAAUGAGAAUUGAAUUAUAAUUUUGAUUUUAUGUUAAAAAAAACUUUAAUUUA